AUGUGGUGGAGCUCCAGCUGGGGGUUCCUGGUCGCCGUUCAUGGGGUGGCGCUGGUCAACAAGGGUGUCGAUGGAUGGGUUGCUCGCCAGCAAGUGUCCCCUGCGCAUGCCCUUGUUGACGUGAACCCUAGGCACCACCCGCUAAAGGUGUCAGGGGUUUCGGUAGGGGCAGCUAGGUAA